AUGGCAGAUCAAAGACCCAUUAUUCUUUGGGCUCAUCCGAGGUCUCUUUCUACAGUUUUUGAGCGACCGUUUUUUCAAUGUCCUCAAGAGUUCCAUGUUAUCCAUGAACCAUUUGUUCUAAUUCGUCUUGCUUACGAUGCCAAAAACUUUGAAUUUUUGAAUAAAAUUCCGAUGCCUAAACCUACUGACCCGAUCACUUUUAAACAUCAUUUCUCACCUAUUUUUAAUGAAUUUCUUGCCCCUCAUUAUUAUAACGAAGAUAAAACAAAUACCUUAAGAGUUUUUGUAAAAGAGCAUGUAGUUUCCUUUUUAGACGCAUCAGAAGGAACUCAAUUACGAUCAAAGGAAAUUCUUUCAAAAUUUAAACAUACAUUCUUAAUUAGAAAUCCAGAAAAAUCCUUAAAGUCUUAUUACAAAGCUGCAAAUUCUGUAUAUAAAGUUUGGGAUAGAAAUGGCGUACCUAAUUCUGAAAGAAUUGACUUUUUCUCCUCUAGGAAUAUUGGGCUCAAAGAACCAAGAAUUUUUUAUGAUUUAAUUAAGAACGUAACUGGAGAGGAGAUUGCAGUAGUGGACGCUGAUGAUUUAGUUCGAGAACCAGAAAAAAUUUUGAGAAAAUAUUGUGAGAUAGUAAACGUAGAGUUUAAGAAAGAAAUGCUUGAAUGGAAAGCAGAAAAAGUGGAAAUGUGGUAUAAAAAAGAAAUGCCAAAUUUACACCACCUUACAGAUUUGUGGCAUGAGAAUGCAAUGAAAAGCACAGGAUUUGACAAAGCAAUCAAUAAUGAUGAAGAAAUUGAAUAUCCCCAACUUGUUUACGACUUGAUUGCUGAAAGCAAACCUCAUUACGAAUACUUGUUUCAACAUAGAAUUAAAAUUUAG